AAGUGCCGCGAUUCCUUCAGUCGAAUCAGUUAGCUCUCAGCCUGCGAGAUUAAAAUACAAACGUAGAAAACUAAACAAGCUAAAACACACAAACUCAAACAUGUCUCUCGAACGUCAAGUCAGAGCCAAGCUCGCAGGCAAACGCGACCCAGAGCAGGAACGCGAAGCCCAAGAAUGGAUGGAAACCGUCUUGGGAGCAAAGUUCCCACCAGGUGAAUUGUAUGAGGAUGUGUUGAAAGAUGGAACCGUUUUGUGCCAAUUGAUGAACAAAUUGUCCCCUGGAUCAGUCCCAAAAAUCAACACAAGCGGUGGACAAUUCAAAAUGAUGGAAAACAUCAACAUGUUCCAGAAAGCAUUGAAAGAAUACGGUGUAGCUGAUAUUGAUGUAUUCCAAACUGUUGACUUAUGGGAAAAGAAAGAUCUUGCCCAAGUCACCAGCACCUUGUUCGCUUUGGGCAGACAGACCUACAAACACCCCGAAUGGAGCGGCCCAUACUUGGGACCCAAACCCGCUGACGAAUGCAAGCGCGAGUUUUCCGAGGAGCAAUUGAAAGCUGGACAAACCAUCAUUGGUUUACAGGCUGGUUCCAACAAGGGUGCCACACAAGCCGGACAAAAUCUUGGUGCCGGACGUAAAAUCCUCUUGGGAAAGUAAACUGCUUGACCAGGAUAAAAAACACACCAGCAUUCGACACACAUCACACACAUUCUUAUUUAUAUAACACAUACACGUACACCUAACACGACUUUUACAUGUUUAUAAUG